AUGUCUUCCCACGAUACCCGGUCUCUCCGCCAGUCCAAGCGGCUGUCGGUCACGGCGCUGUACCUGUCCAUGUCCGCGAAGGACAGGGACCUUGAAAUAUCAGAUGAUUUGGCGAGGGCCCAAAAAUACCUUCGAGAAUUGAAAAGCAAAAUUUCAUCGCAAUCCAAGAAGAACUUCGUUCUCGAAAAAGAUGUUCGAUACCUGGAUUCCCGAAUAGCCUUGCUGAUUCAAAACCGCAUGGCACUGGAGGAGCAAAACGAAGUCGCCAGUCACCUCGACGAUGCGAUCGAUCCUCAGGAGGGCUUCUUCCCGAACGACGAGAAAACGCAGAAAUAUGGAAACCUUCUAUUCCUUCUCCAGUCCGAGCCGCGUCACAUCGCCCACCUCUGUCGAUUGGUUUCCAUGUCCGAGAUCGACUCCCUGCUCCAGACCGUUAUGUUUACCAUCUACGGAAAUCAGUAUGAGAGUCGCGAAGAGCACUUGCUUCUGACCAUGUUCCAGUCCGUCCUCACCUACCAGUUCGACAACACUCCGGAGUACUCCUCGCUCCUGCGCCAGAACACACCUGUAUCCCGCAUGAUGACAACCUAUACCCGCCGUGGACCCGGUCAGAGCUAUCUGAAACAGGUCCUUGCCGACCAGAUCAAUUCUUUGAUCGAGCUGCGAGAUGUCGAUCUGGAGAUCAACCCCUUGAAGGUAUACGAGACCAUGGUGAAGCAGAUUGAGGAUGAAACGGGCACUCUGCCGGACUACUUGGCUCGGUCCGUGACGGCCGAAGCGGCGGCGGAAAAUGAGCAGGUCCAAGCGAUCAUCGCGCCGCGCCUGAAGAUGUUGACGGAUAUUGCCAACGGUUUCUUGACCACGAUCAUCAACUCGGUCGAGGAGGCUCCUUACGGGAUCCGAUGGAUUUGCAAGCAGAUUCGGAGCUUGUCUCGACGCAAGUACCCGGACGCUCAAGAUCAGACCAUCUGUACCCUGAUCGGUGGUUUCUUCUUCCUGCGAUUCAUCAACCCCGCUAUCGUCACCCCGCGCUCGUACAUGUUGAUCGAGUCGAUCCCCACCGAUAGACCUCGCCGCACGUUGACCCUGAUCGCCAAGAUGUUGCAGAAUCUGGCCAACAAGCCAUCCUAUGCUAAGGAGCCUUACAUGGCCAACCUUCAGCCCUUCAUUCAGCAGAACAAGGAGCGCGUCAACAAAUUCUUGCUGGAUCUGUGCGAGGUCCAGGAUUUCUACGAGAGCCUGGAGAUGGACAACUACGUGGCUCUCUCCAAGCGGGAUCUGGAGCUGCAGAUCACUCUCAACGAGAUAUAUGCGACUCACUCCCUACUUGAAAAGCAUAGCAUCGCCCUGGCCCAGGACCAGCACUCGCAUCUGCACGAACUCUUGCAGGAGCUUGGUUCCGCGCCCCCGCAGGUGCCUCGGAAAGAAAACCGGACUAUUACGAUCCCUCUGUUUAGCCGCUGGGAAACGGCCCUCGAUGACCUGACCUCCGCUCUUGACAUUACGCAGGAGGAAGUGUUCUUCAUGGAGGCCAAGUCAACCUUCGUCCAGAUUCUACGAUCUUUGCCUCCGAACUCCUCGGUCGCCCGUCGACCUCUGCGCCUCGAUCGUAUUGCAGAGGCCGCGGCGACCCUGAAGAACGAUGCGGUUAUGGUGCGCAAGGGCAUCCGUACCAUGGAGCUGCUGAGUCAACUGCAAGAAAUGGGGGUCAUCGACCGGUCGGAUGAGUUUAGUCUCCUCCGCGACGAGGUGGAGCAGGAAUUGGUCCACCUGGGUUCCUUGAAGGAGAAGGUCCUGGAUGAGACGAAGAAACUGGAGGAAGUCUUUGCUACGAUCCGCGACCACAACGCAUACUUGGUGGGUCAGCUGGAAACGUACAAAUCGUACCUGCACAAUGUCCGCAGCCAGUCGGAGGGUAAGCAGAGAAAACAGCAGAAGCACCAGGAACUGGGCCCCUACAAAUUCACCCAUCAGCAGCUGGAGAAAGAAGGGGUGAUCCGCAGGAGCAAUGUUCCGGAAAACCGACGCGCCAACAUUUACUUCAUGUUCAAGAGUCCUCUGCCAGGCACGUUUGUCAUCAGUCUACAUUACAAAGGACGGGCCCGAGGCCUCCUGGAGUUGGAUCUCAAGCUUGACGAUCUGCUGGAGAUGCAAAAAGACAACCUCGAAGAUCUGGAUCUGGAAUACGUCCAGUUCAACGUGUCCAAAGUGCUAAUGCUAUUGAACAAACGAUUCGCACGGAAGAAGGGCUGGUAA